AUGGCACUCAAGAAGUAUGGCCCACGCUCAUCCCACGUGCGGCCCGGUGAAUCGCCUCAGUACUCAUCAAUAACAGCGAGAUGGAUUGCGUGGAAGAACCUCCUGUUCGGCAGCAGGAAGAAGGCCCUGUCCUUUGAGAUGAUCGUUAAUGGCUGCACCUGCUCUCCGUGUGGUGUGGUCGAUUUUAUGAACUACCUCAUCUAUGUUGAGCGCGCAGCAGAGAACCUCCAGUUUUACUUGUGGUAUCGGGACUAUAUCCAGCGCUUUUCCAGCCUCUCUGAAUCUAUGUGGGCGUUGUCGCCGCCAUGGACCGAAGAACAACGGAAAAAGGUGGUUCGUCGCAACAAUCAAGCAAAGGAGAGGGCGAAACGGGCUCCUUCUAUCGUCGGCGCUUUCAUGCCAAUCCCGGCCUUCCCAAAAGUCACAGAGACUGAAAUGGACGACCUAACGCCCUUCGCAACACGGCCUAACAGCUCGCAUGCUGAUUUUGAGACCAGCAGCCUUUCCCGCGGGGAAUGGCUUGAGUGGGAUGCAGGCUUGAAGUUGUCUGAAUGCCAGGAAUCCAUCGACGAAUCAAGUGCUUUUGAUGGCAUAAAUCCUCUCGAGCCUUGUAUGACUGCCACCUCACCCAGUUCCCGUCACUCGAGCGGGCGCCUGCUAACAAAUAUGCGUCUCCUAGUUACUAUCCAACCAUACCGCAAAGAAAUAAACCGAAUCAUCUCAACCUACAUCCUAGACAAUGCGCCCCGCCAGUUGAAUCUAACGUCGAUAGAACGAAAGAUAGUCAUGGAAGCAUUAUCUGUCACCACUCACCCCUCCGCCUUUGCUGGUGUACUCCAAGAAGUUGAAUGGAACCUACGUCAGCAAUCUCAUCCACAGUUCAUCCGAUGGUCGCUAAACAAUAGCAACCGCAACCGUCUAUUAUGUGCUCGCGUCGUCAGCAUGAUUAUUAUUGCCUUUGGAUUAGCCCUCGCCAUCGUCUUGGUAUUUAGCAAGGCACAUCGGGGUUGGAGGAUGUUUUCUGCCAUGCUUCUGUUUCCCGGUAUUGCAUCCUUGAUUGCUGCCAUGGAAGGAACUUGUAUGCUAUUCCUCUGUUUUUAUAAGCGGCAGCUACGCCCAUGGGAGAUCCAUGGCGAAAAUGAUGACCCCCCAAAAAACGCCUGCCAACUUAAUCGGAAAGCAUUUGACGCCUUUGGGGCUGCUAAUUCCUACGAGGACGAACCCUGGAUGCGACAGAAUCGAAAAAGAGGCUUUUUCAGCAAAGCCUUUGACCCGUCGAUACAAAUUAAGGACCCAACCCUCUGCCAACUUCAGACUAUGACUAUCGUCCGCUCAACAACACUGGGAAGCGCCGUAACCAUCAUCCUCAUCGGCAUAUUCAUGACCUUGCCAAAUGGGAACUAUUUCUAG